AAUAUACAGGAGCUAUACUAUUGGUAAACUUCUCUAACGUACUUAUAACUUAAUUUAUCAAUUGAAAAUAUUCAUAUAAGUAUUUAACUAUAGACAAUCAACAACAUGUUAACUUUURGCAUUACUACUAAUUUACCAAAAUACAAAAUUCCAUCAACAUUUUUAGCUGAUGCAUCAAAAUUAAUCAGCCAAGUACUUCAAACACCAGAACUAUAUAUUUCGGUUAGAAUCAAGGCUGGACAACAGAUGUUUUGGUCGAAUAACGAAUCUUUAUGUGCACUAGGAAACCUAACCGGAACUGGAYUCUUUGGAAUUGAUGAAAAUAAACACUAUGCCUCAAUUAUAUAUGAUUUUAUUGAAAAACAACUUGGCGUACCGCAAGACAAAUUUUAUCUAUCAUUCGUGGAACAAAAACCAAGCAAUAUUGGAGUCCGAGGUACGACUUUAGAAGAUAUUAUUCAAUAGAUAUGUUAUACGUUCAAGAUAAUAUAUUAAUAUGCGAUUAUAAAAUAAUUGGUUUUUCAUGACUUUUGAAUUCAUUAUGU